UUUUAUUAUGCAUAGUGUUGGCUUUUAUUCCCCUGGUUUGCCCGACUUUUCUUUUUCAUUCCCCUCUUCUCAAAACCCGCGAUUACUUCUAUCUUAAUUUAUUGUAGCGGAUCUUUGUGUCAUCAUUUGUUGGUUGCAGCGAGUUGUUUAGUUUACAAUUGUUGGCAAAUUAAUGGCGGAAAUGACAGGGCCUCGCUUGUAUUGCUGUUGUAAUUGUAGAAACCAAGUGUCCCUCCACGAUGAUAUAAUUGCUAAAACCUUUCAGGGAAGAUAUGGACGAGGUUUUCUGUUCUCCCAUGCAAUGAAUAUUGUAGUAGGGCCAAAAGAAGACAGGCACCUCAUGACUGGCCUCCACACUGUUGCUGAUGUUUAUUGUGGUGACUGCCGUGAAGUGUUGGGUUGGAAAUAUGAAAGAGCUUAUGAAGCAUCACAGAAGUACAAGGAGGGAAAAUUCAUACUUGAAAAAUCAAAAAUUGUAAAGGAGAACUGGUGGUAGCAUUCCCGUGUGAUUCUCCUUAAUCCAUUCGUUUCAGUCUUGAUGUUUCUUCAUUCAUGCUUUUAAUGUGUACAGGAGGGUCUUAUCUAUAAAAAAAAUUGUCGUUUCUUCAAUUUCGUUAUUACCUUGUGGUGUGACUAGAAGUGAUGUUGAAAGAUAAGCCGUUUCAUUCCUUGUUCAUAAAAUUGUAUAUUCUUAAUAGUAACUGAACUCGUAACCCAUCUUUUAAAUUUGAAAGUUUGCCCAGUUUGUGACUCCGUA